CGCGAGGCGGCGCCGUUCGCGAAGGGCGCGGCCGCCACUGCGGCCAGCUUGGCGCGGAUGUUCGCGGACGAGGGCAGCGUGAGCGGUGGCGGCAGGGGUGCGCCGCUGUGCACCGUGCCUGGGCGCAUCGUGGUGGCGCACUACCACGCGUUUGCGAGCCGCCUGAUGGAGCUGGCGCUGGAGGCGAUGGAUACUGCGGAGCCGCCGGUGUCUGCGCCGGAGAAGGCGCGGCGCCUCGCGCUGCUGCGUGCGCCGAGCGUGGAGGAGGCCCGCUCGCUGGCGGCUGUGCACGAUGCCGCCGCGCUCGCGGAGCUACGCGCGGCCAUCAUGGACUCCUUUCCCGAUGAGCGCCACGACCCGGAGAUGGGCGUGCACCUUGACCAAAUCAUCUGGGGCCGCUGCCCCAUCCGGAUCGACGUGGCGGGGGCAUGGACGGAUACGCCGCCGUACACGAUCCUGAGCGGCGGCAGCGUGAUCAACGUUGCCGUGGAGCUGAACGGGCAGCCGCCGGUGCAGGUGUACGUGCGCGUGCGCGAGGACCCGAUGAUCGUCAUGCGCUCGAUCGACUCCGGCGAGCAGCUGAGCGUCUCGAGCUUCGACGAGAUCCGCACGUACGCGACGAUGCAGAACCCGUUCUCGAUCCCGAAGGCCGCGCUUGCGCUGUGCGGGUUCCUGCCGGAGUUCUGCGCGACGGAGUACGCGACGCUGCGGGAGCAGCUGGCGGCGCGGUUUGGCGGCCACGGGCUGGAGAUCUCGCUGUUUGUGGCGAUCCCGACGGGGUCUGGGCUGGGCACGAGCUCCAUCGUUGCCGGCACCGUGCUGCGGUCACUGGCGGAGUUCUGCAAGCUGCCGUGGGACAACCACGAUGUGUGCCGCCGCGUGCUGCUGAUUGAGCAGAUGCUGACCGCUGGUGGCGGGUGGCAGGAUCAGUACGGCGGCCUGUUCGAGGGCCUGAAGCUUGUGCAGUGCGUGCCUGGGCUGCCGUGCCUGCCGACGGUGCGCUGGAUGCCGGACAGCGUGUACACGGACCCGAGGUUCGCCGCGUGCCACCUGCUGUACUACACGGGCAUCACUCGCAUGGCAAAGGGCAUUCUUGGCGAGAUUGUGCGCGACGUCUUUCUGAACCGUGGCGCGACACUGCAGCUGCUGCGUGAGAUGGGUGGGCCGACGACUGCCGCGAUGUACGACGCGAUGACGACGGGCAACUACAAGGGCUACGCGCGGCUUGUGCAGCGCACGUGGGAGCAGAAGAAGCGGCUGGACGACGGCGUGUGCAACCCUGCCGUGCAGUCGAUCGUGGACGUUGUGGAGCCGUACGUGUGGGGUGUGACGCUGCCCGGCGCUGGCGGCGGCGGCUACAUGUACAUGUGCGCGAAGGACGAGGCGUGCGCUCGCCGGAUCCGCGAGCUGCUGACGGCGAACCCGCCGAACGGCAAUGCCCGCUUCGUGGAGAUGAGCGUGUCGGCGUCCGGCCUCCAGAUCAGUCGGUCCUAG